GGCCGCCUGCCAGCCAGCCAGCGAGCGGAGGAUCUAACGGAGCGGAUCCCCGGGCAGAGGGAGCGGGCGCUGCGCUGCGCCUCCGCCCCCGCCCAAUUUCAGCCCUGCAAUCCGUUUCUGACAAUCCGCCCAAUUCCAGCCGCUGACUAGCGCCGCCGGGCAUCCUUGCCGCCAACUCCAGGCCAGUAUUAAACGCUGACAAUUCGCCCAAAAUUCAGCCCGGAAUCGGUCUGUCAAAUUCCGCCCACCCUCCCCCGAGUCUUGAGCCCGGAAUCGGCGCAGCCGAGCCGCCCACGACCCCCUCCCUCAGCUCGGAGUCUGCAUCCGUUGAAAAUGGUGUCCCAACUUGGGACGAAGUCCACCUCGGGCCGGAACGCUGCAGAAAGUCAUCGCCAGGACACGGCGCAGCUGCUGAUAUUCAACUUUUUGCUGAUUCUCACCAUCUUAACCAUUUUCCUGUUCAAGCACCGGAGAGUCCGUUUUCUGCAUGAGACUGGAGGGUCAAUGUUUUACGGCCUGAUAAUGGGACUGAUCCUCCGCUAUACCACACCGUCCUCUGAUCCCGAAAACAGCAUUGUGCAUAAUUGUGCGGAUGUGACCAAUAGUCCUGGUGUUUUGCUACUCAACAUUACAGACCAGUUGUAUGAAUACACAUACAAGCGGGAGAUCGCCAAGCACAAUCUGAACAGCCGGCAGGGAAGUGAGAUACUUCGGAAGGUGACGUUUGAUUCAGAAAUUUUCUUCAAUGUCCUCUUGCCUCCAAUAAUAUUUUACGCUGGGUACAGUCUGAAGAAGAGACAAUUCUUCCGCAAUUUGGGCACAAUUCUCACCUAUGCUUUUAUAGGCACUGCCAUCUCCUGUAUUGUGAUUGGGGGCAUCAUGUAUGGCUUUGUCCUGGGGAUGACCCAGCUGGGACAACUGGACAAGCUGGACUUCUAUUUCACCGACUGCCUAUUCUUUGGAGCUCUGAUUUCAGCCACUGACCCAGUGACUGUUCUGGCCAUUUUCCACGAGCUCGAUGUGGAUCCACAGCUCUAUACGCUGCUCUUUGGGGAGAGUGUUCUCAAUGAUGCUGUCGCCAUAGUCCUGACGUACUCCAUAUCCAUCUACAGCCCAAAGGACAACCCCCACAUGUUUGACGCUAUUGCUUUCUUUACAUCUGUUGGGAACUUUGCCUGGAUCUUUGCUGGUUCAUUUGCCAUGGGCUCAGCAUUUGGUAUUGUCACGGCUUUGUUAACCAAAUUCACCAAACUCUGUGAGUUCCCUAUGCUGGAGACUGGGAUUUUCUUCUUGUUGUCCUGGAGUGCGUUCCUCUCUGCUGAGGCAAGUGGCCUGACAGGAAUUGUUGCUGUUCUCUUCUGUGGAAUUACUCAAGCUCAUUACACUUACAAUAAUCUUUCUGAUGAAGCAAAGAUGAGGACGAAGCAGCUUUUUGAAUUCAUGAAUUUCAUGGCUGAGAACUUCAUCUUCUGUUACAUGGGAGUUGCCCUAUUCACCUAUCAGAACCACAUCUUCAAUGCCCUCUUCAUAUUUGGAGCCUUUGUCGCUAUUUUUGUGGCUCGCGCUUGUAAUAUAUACCCUUUAUCCUUACUGCUCAACCUGCGACGAAAGAGAAGGAUUCCAUGGAACUUCCAACACAUGAUGAUGUUUUCAGGCUUGCGUGGUGCCAUUGCAUUUGCCCUGGCAAUCCGAGACACCGACUCCAAACCCAAGCAGAUGAUGUUCACCACCACCCUGAUGAUCGUGUUCUUCACCGUCUGGGUGUUCGGCGGGGGAACCACUCAAAUGUUGACAUGGCUUCGCAUCAGAGUCGGUGUGAACCCAGAUGAUGACCUCAACCAAGAAAGUAUACGUGUGAGUGCUGAAGGCAGGCAAGAGGUGAACACUACAGAGGCAGAAAGUGCCUGGAUGUUCCGGAUCUGGUACAACUUUGAUCACAAGUACUUAAAGCCAGUUCUGACACAUGCUGGUCCACCGCUCACAACAACACUGCCAACCUGGUGUGGUCCUAUCGCUAAGCUGCUAACCAGUCCCAAAGCACAUCAGGACCAUCGGAACGAGGAUGACACUGAUUGCAUCAUCAAUAAUGACGAGCUGACAAUGUACUAUGAAGACAAAGCAGCGUCUGCCUCCUGCUAUGAAGAGGAACCAGGAAAGGGCAUUCCUGAACAUCAGCAAAUAGCAGACAAGGACAAUUUCUGUGAAGGACCGAGUCAGCCAACAUUGGAUCUCACCUCAAGUCAGACUCCGAGUGUCCCUCCCUCUUAAACUGAACAUCGUUUUAUUGACGUAUCUGGGGGAAUGAAUUGGAAAGGAAGAUUGAAUUUGCUCCGAUCUGCUUAUAACAAUUGAACUAAUCAUGGUUCUUAAACUCCUGAUUGCUGAAUUUCCUGUGUGACAGGCACUAGUCUGCAUAUGAAGGUCAGGGCAAGCACCAUUAUUAACUUGACCAAUACUUAGAUGGUGAGUUUAUGAAUACUUCAUGACUGAGAGCUCGAUGGCAUUAUUACAAAGUGUGAUUUAUUUGAAGAAUCCUACAUUUACAUUCCAGCCUGGUUUAAGUUAUGACACUGACUUGUGAAUUACUUCCAAUGUUGAUGUCAUUUUAAGCUUUGCUCUAUACUGUCUCUCGUGUAAGAUCGCCCUUGCUUGGGCCCCUGUAUAUUCAUGCAGAAGUAAUGCUCAUGCCGACUGCACUGUUAAUGCUCAAGGAGAAUCUUUACAUUAUUGUAGAAACUUUUGAAAGUUAAUAAUUAUAAAUGUAAUAGUACUUUUCUGUAUUUUUUUUAUAAAUUACUCUGAGUGUUAGAACCUGAAGGUUUCAAAUUCUUUUCCAAUGUUAUCAUUACUUUUGCUCUCUUCUUGAGGUGUCCUGGGUUGGAGAAUAUGGUGAAGACUAAACUUCAUGUAGACACUGAGCAAGGUUGACGCAUUGAAUUAGCCUACCCUGAAGCUUCAGUGAAUGAGGGCACAGUAGGGGUGCAGUAUUAAAUGAUUCUGACCAAAUGAUCCAAAGAAGCGUCCUUAGCAACAAUUAACUUCAAUGCACAUGGGCCAGGAAGGGGAAUAAAAUCCAGUCGGUUCUGUCCGCCCUUCUGAAUGGUGCCCAAUGCAGCUGCUGGAAAGUGGACAUGUAAGAGUAUAAGGUCAGGACUGAGUCUCUGCUCUGAUGCUGCUUAUCAACACAGCUGGCACAUGAAGAUGAGGCACACAAAGACUUUCCAUACCCACUGACCUGUACCCUAGCAGGAAUGGGUGACAGAUGAAGACAGUUAAUUUGACAAGGCAGGAAAGGGGGGAAAUGAGUCUCUAAACCCACUGCCUCCAUUGUUGAAGAGGGAGAGAGAGAGAGAACAUUUUAGCAAUAAUGUUUAAAGACUCGAGAUAAGAUUUUGAUCAGUGGAUCUUAAAGGCACCUCCCACAAUAGCUGUUUGAGGCAAAAUCAAUUGAAAUUUUAAUAAGUGUGAUGGAUAGACUUUUGUUAGGAAAAGACAGUAAAGGUUAUUGAACACAGGAACGUAGAUAGGCUUAUGAGGCAGAGUAGCCUUUGUCCAUUUGAACAGCAGAAUUGGCUCGAGUGCUUGAAUGGCUUGCUUACCCUUGAAUGUUCAAUUCAGUCUGAUUGUGAAUGGCAUUUUACAUUAGAAAUUUCAUGACAGAAAUUGUUUCACCACAUUAGAGAAAUACCUCAGGGGGAGGGGAAGAUGAGAAAUGCAUGUUUCUACAUGUGGUUGAACUUAGAAAAAGCAAUUUUACUGUGAAUAUCUCGUUGAAUUAUUAGUGUGAAAUAGCUGCUUAGCUUUUCAAUAUAGAUUAUAUUUUAGCUAAUCUAAUGAUAUGCAUAUUUUGAGCAACAAGCAAAUGCUCAGUCCUCAUCAUUUUGACUUCUCAUUCUUAAAAUGCAUCCAUUUUGUAUUCUAAACCAUUUUAUAUGCUGUGAAGGAACCUUAAGGGAAACAAUGGAUAGCUUUUGUCUGCAGUUGGAAAGCUCUUGCUCCAGAGUUUAAAGUUUUCUGGAACUUUGUGCCUUACAUUAUCAAAUCCAAUGUAUCCUAGGGAAAUGCCGGCCUUUUGAUGUGAUCAAGAUCUUGGUAUAUAAAAACAUCACCAUGGCAACUAAACAUUCAUUGUUUCAUGUCUUUCUGCUGAGUUUUUAAAUUGGUGCAGUUGAUACUUUUAGACAGACCAUUUCACUCAUGUAUACCAGUGUAAUCUCUUUUAUGGAUCUGAUGAUUUUUCAAAAGCCAGUGCUUAAGCUUAAGAGCAAAGAAAAGUAAGCAGUUGAAUGUUUCUUUGAUCUGCAGAUAAACGGGAUAAAAUUAACCAGUUUUUGUUCUAUAUAUGUGAAACACAAAUAUAACAUGUGUCCUUAUCAUCUGUGCUUCAUCAGAUACACCAGAAAGAACUCAAAACCUCCAACAAUUGAGAUAAUUGAAUUUACUGAGUUCUGAUCUGGUUUGUAGGGUGGAAUGCAAUAUAUUGUCUGGAGGCUUCAAGAUAGAGAUAACAAAAGAACAGAAAUCUCAAAAAUGUUCAUGUAUUUCAAGAACAGAAUGGACGGAAUUAGGAAGUGUUUACUUGCAGAGCUAUAUAUAAAUCUUUAAAAAUCUGAUUUUGUAUAAGAUAGGAAGUUUCAAGUGAGAAGUAGUUAUUGCAUAGUCUAGGGAGUUUUGUAAAAGUUAUUUCAUGCUGUAUGCUUGGCUUUGCAGGAAGUAAUUUCAUUUCCUGUGCAUUGCUCAUUUGUGAUGACAGCUUUAUCACAAAAAUACAAUUAGAACAUUAAAGCUCCCAAAAUGUGCAGGGAAGGUGUUGGCACAAACGUGAAGUGCAACUUGUUGAUCUUGACCCAUGUUACCGCCUCCUACACCCCUACUGAGUAUGUUGAAGAAAAGAAAGUGAUGUAAAUAUAAAAAAUGCUAGAAUUGCACAAUAGAAUUAGGUGUAGAAAUGACAUUGUGCAGCACAGCAGUUCAUUGCUGUCGGUGAUGACACGUUACCAAAAGCCCUGUCGCUGAAUGUGACUGAGUACUUGGUUCACUCCACUGGGGGCACACCAGCAGGUUUUUAUUCCAGGCCCUCGAAUUCAGCAUGGAAUGGCCUAAUUUUAUGGUAUACCAUAAGAUGGUUCAGUGAUUCCUUCGUACAUAUGACAAGCAAAGGCACGGUGCUAGACUUGCACAAGAAAGCAUGCGGGCCUUCUGUACGGUUAAAUGGGAACCAACUUGGUCCACUGCCAAGGGGGCCAGGGUAUUUUUUUGUUUCAAAGUCAAGUUUAUUGUCAUAUGCACAAGUUCAUGUAUGCACAGGUGCUAUGAAAACCUUGCUUGCAGCAGUAGCAGUAGCCUCACAGGCACAUUAGUUUUCAAGUUGUUCCCCCUUUAAAUGUUCCUCUUAGUGCUAGCUCCCUCCCUGUGACUAGUGGUGUGCCUCUGGUUGGUGCUGGGCCCAUUGUUGUUUGUCAGCUACAUCAAUGAUUUGAAUAAGAAUGUACAAGGCAUGGUUAGUAAGAUGCAGAUAACACUGAAAUAGGUGGUGUUGUAGACAGUGAAGAAGGUCGCCAAGAAUUAUAGUGGGAUCUUGAUCAGCUGGGUAACUGGGAUGAGGAAUUCCACAUCUGUCAGUGAUAAAUCUGAUUUGGAUUCAGUUCAGAAUGGCAAAUGGAGUUUAAUUCAGAUAAGUGUGCAGUGUUGCAGUUUGGAAAGUCAAAUCCAGGUAGGGCUUUCACAGUGAACGGUAGGGCACUGGGCAGUGUUGUAGAACAGAGGGACUUUGUCAUUCAGGUACAUGGUUCUCUGAAAGUGGCAUCACAGGUAGACGGUGGUGAAAAUGGCUUUUGGCAAGCUAGCUUUCAUCAGUCAGGGCAAUGAGUAGAGAGGUUGUGAGGUUAUGUUGCAGUUGUGUAGGAGGCUGGUGAGGCUGCACUUGGACUAUUGCGUUCAUUUUUGAUCACCCUGCUAUAGGAAAGAUGUUAUUAAACCGGAAAGAGUGCAGAAAAGAUGUACAAGGAUGUUGGCAGGACUUGAGGGACUUGGUUAUAGGGAAAGGUUGGACAGGCUAGGACUCUUCCUUCGAGCGUAGGAGACAGAGGUGAUCUUAUUGAGAUCUAUAAAAUCAUGAGGGGCAUAGAUAGGCUGAAUGCAUUCAGUCUUUUUCCCAGGGUUGAGGAAUCGAGAACUAGAGAGUUCUGAUGAAGGGUCUUGACCCGAAACAUCGACUGUCCAUUUCCCUCCAUAGAUGCUGCCUGACCUGCUGAAUUCCUCCAGCAUUUUGUGUGUUGCUGCAGAUUUCCAGCGUCUGCAGUCUCUUGUGUAUCUAGAGAGAAUAGGUUUAAGGUGAGAGGGGAAAGAUUUUAAUAGGAACUUAAGAGACAACUUUUUUUUUUACACAGUGGGUGUAUAGAAUGAGCUGCCAAAGGAAAUGGUUAAGACAGAUACAUUAACAACAUUUAAAAGGCACUUACGGGUACGUGGAUAGGAAAGCUUUGGAGGGAUAUGGGCCAAAUGCAGGCAAAUGGGACUAGUGUAGCGGUUGCUACCGUGGAAUAAAACAAGACUCUACUCGGAGGAUUGCCAAACAGAACUGGUUUAUUUUCCCGCCUUGCGCGGGCCCUUUAAGGGAGAAUGUUCCCGCCCAAAACAACCAGUAAUGACGUAAGUCCUACGUCAUCAGGACUUUCCCGCGCGCGGGUUCUCCCCGUCGCUCGGAAAGACGAGGCCCGCCGCCAUCUUGGGCCUCGUCGCUCCGACGCUGCGCGACCCGACUGUCGAGCCGGUUCGCCCGACUAGACGGUGAGUCACCACACUAGCUAAGAUGGGCAUCUUGGUUGGGAUGGACCAAUUAGGCUGAAGGGCCUGUUUCCAUGCUGUAUGACUCUGUCACCAGUGCCACUGAUGUCCUCGGGCUCCCUAAUGAACAAAUUGCUGAGAAGGGGUAGAGAAAGCACAGGAGCUUCUUCUUGCUUGGUACUUCUGUGACUCUCCAGGAUUAUUUACUGUCAAGGACCAAAGUAAGAGUGGAAUCUGCCCCUGGCUUGCUCCCAGCAAUGGACUUCGGCAUAAUGUUUUACCCUUAAUAAUCAUUGCUCAUCCAUCAAAGAAAGUAAAGCAAAGGUUAGAGUUAGCAGACUACUAGCUUCCCGACAAGCUUCUCCAUAGGCUGACUUUAAACAAAAUUAUCAGUCACGUAUUUUGUACACUGAGAGUAGAGUGGGCCUGUGCUUAUGUAACAUCAUGAAUGCAAAGGCCAGUUGAAAUAAAUGGCAAAUAAUUUCAUCUUAAUGGGUGGACGUUUUACUACCAAUACCAAUAAUCCCCUGACACAAGAGAUUCUGCAGAUGCUGGAAUCUGGGAAACGUCAACUGUUUAUCUCCCUCCAUAGAUGCUGCCUGACCUGCUGGGUUCCUCCAGCAUUUUGUGUGUGUUGCUCCAAUAAUCCCCUUAUUGUUAAGAGCUGAACUAUUAACAUGGCCAACCAUACCACAGGCAACAUUGGGCUGGGUCCAAUUAUCUCUUCAAUGGAUGAGACAACAGCUCUUUCAAUUCAUCUUUGUAAAUAUUAAUUUAUUGCAAUUUACCCAGAUUAUUUUAGUCAUUAAGAAAACUCCAGUGUACUGAGAAACCGUUUAGUGAACUGCAGCAGAAAAUUCUGCUUUGCCUAUUAAUAUGUCAGUGACCAGUGCUGGGUCCACUGUUGCUUGGCAUCUACAGGAACAAUUUUGAUGAUUGUUGUUAACAUGGUUAGUAUGUUUGUGGAUGACACCAAAACUGUUGGUGUAGUGGAUAGUGAAGAAGGUUAUCCAAGAUUACAACAGGAUCUAGAUGAAAUGGGGAAAUGGGCCAAGGAACGGCUAAUGGAAUUUAACUCAGACAAGUGUGAGGUGUUGUGUUUUGGUCAUUUAAACCAGGGCAUAACUUGCACAGUAAAUGGUAGGGUCCUGGAGAGUUUUUAGAACCGAGAGACCUAGGGGUACAUGUACAUAGUUCCCUGAAAAUGCCACAGACAGGCUGGUGAAGGUGGCAUUUGGCACACUUGCCUUCAUCAGUCAAGGCAUUGAGUACCAGAGUCAGAAUGUCAUGUUACAACUGUACAAGUCGAUGGUGAGACCGCACUUGGAGCAUUGUGUGCCGUUCUGGUCACCCAGCUAGAGGAAGGAUGUCAUUAAACUGGAAAAGGUUCAGAAAAGAUUUGCAAGGACGUUACUAUGACUUGAGGGACUGAGUUGUAGGGAAAGGUUGGACAGACUAGAACUUUUCCUUGGAGUGUAGGAACUGAGAGGUGAUCUUGUAGAGGUGUAUAAAAUCACGAGAGGCAUAGAUGAGGUGGAUGGUUGCAGUCUUUUUUCCCAGAAUUGGGAAGUCUAAAACUCGAGGGCAUAGGUUUAAGGGGCCUGAGGGGCAACUUUUUCACGCAAAGGAUGGUUGAUAUAUGGAAUGAGCUGCCAGAGGAAGCUGUAGAGGCAGGGGCAAUUACAAUGUUUAAAAGACAUUUGGACAGGUGCAUGGAUAGAAAAGGCCUCAAGGGAUGUGGGUCAAACGCAGGCAAAUGGGAGUACCUCAGAUAGACAUCUUGGGCCAAAGGAUCAUACAGAAUGUUUCCAUUCUGUAUGACUCUAGCCAUUAAAAUCCUAUUAAAACAUGGAUCUCUUCUAUGUGGGUAUUGGCUAAGUUGGGGAUCUGAAAGUAGAAUAGUUUGUGAUUUGAAAGUAGCUUUAAUGAUAUGUAAUACUGGUAGGAGUAUUGAUUGAAUUUGUAGAAAGUAUAACACAACCUCGAUAAAGCUAUUUGAUUAAGGCACCCUAGUCAUCUGCCUUAUAAGCCACAAUGUUAAAUUCCUGUAAAGGACGUGAUUUGGAAAGGCCCAGUUCCUACAGAUUUUGGUCACCACAAAGGGCCUUAGUGUUACAAGACAAAUAAUAGUGGGUUGAAGUGCUCCUAAGUCAGAUAAGCCAAAUUCUAAUGAUGAUAAUGGAACACUGUUGUAAAAAUAUAGAAGUGAGAUGGGUGGAGGAUAUUUAUGAAGGAAUGUCUGCCCAAAAGACUUUUG